CGUGUACAGCACCUGCGACGAGCAGAGCGUGCGACAGAAGAAGGACCUGCGGCUUGCCGUGGGCCUCGCACGGCGAGGGAGGCGCGAAGGCCCCGACAGGGCUUUGCGGCAACCCGAGCCGCGGGGAGCGGCGCGGACCGGUGGCAGAGGGGGGGCCACACGCUCUAUCUAGACACGUUUCCUGGCAGCAGCUGACUAAUUACCUACCACAGCUCGAUCAAAUCAAACACAGCAAAUCCGUCGUAACGGGGAUUGGAGUACUGAGACUACGCACUAGAACAGGGGCAGCUGCGUGAAAGCUCGAACUCUCAAGGCUAAGCGCCACAAGACAAUUUAAGUGCUAAGCGCCUUGCGAUAGCAAGCGAAAAAAGAGUACGGCCGUGCAGAACCGUGUACGUGCACGAGGAACUGAUCCACAGGCUCACAGCAGGUGGAGAGCGCGGCUCCUGAUGAAAAUGGCUGCCACGGAGCGGCGUCCCAUCGGUACGGCGAAGCGCAGACUUCAGAAAACAAAAGGACUCAAGCAGGGGCGGGAAAAGGGUCUCUGGUCAGAAGAACGUCGCGCAAAACUAGAUCGCUGCUAAAAUGGCGCGCUAGUGUCAGCGCGCGCCGUAUCUCACGGACUGCGUAUGGAGACCUCCGGCGAACGGCAACCCCAUGGAGAUGCCUGGCAUCUUUGGGCCAGGGGGAGACGACGAGGCAGACCGCGACUGCAAGGCAACUAGUGUCGGGAGAUGCCAACAGCCACGAACAGAUGCCUGGAACCUCGUAGCACUGCGCCGUGAUGCUGAGCUUGGAAACCGCUAUCUGCGCCAGGGGCUGCAGCUGCCGUAGCGGCAGUGGCGAUCCUCGACGGCGAACGGCAACCUCGUGAUAAUGCCCGGCACCUUGCAGAACUCCGCCGUGAUGCUGAGGUUAGAGGCCGCCGCCUGCGCAAGGACGCUUUGCCAAAGCGGCAGUAGUCCUCGUAGGCUGUCGGAAGCAGACACCCAGCACCUCGCAGCGCUCCGCCGUGAUGCGUCCUCGGACGCGAUCUCAAAGCAACCCGCGUCUGCGACACCGCUGAGGCCGAAGACAAUCGGCAGCUACGUGUAUGCCCAGAACCUCGUACCUCGUAGCCCUCCACCGUGGUGCUGAGCUUGGAAGCCACCACCAGCGCCAAGGACUCGCUACUGUUGCUUCAUGAAGAUGCAGAGCGUUCCAGAAAGGCAAAACACUGGCAGGGGAAAACGACGAAGCAGGCCGCGACUGCAAGGCAAAUGGUGUCGCAGGAGAUCGGCAGUCCCGAAUUGAAGCCCAGUACUUUGUAGCACUCCGCCACGGUGGUGGGCAUAGCGGCCGCCGACAACGCCAGGGACGCGUUGCCAUAGCGGCAGUGGUAGUCCUCGAAAUCGAUUGUCAGCCCCGUGUAGAUGCCCAGCGCCGCCAUGAAAACUGGCCCAUGGCGGCGAUGCCACCGGCGUUGUCGGAGAUGGUGCCAUAGGAAGCGAUUGUGAGGACAAUCAACAUCGUGCCGUACCAUACAGGAUUCGGCCUGACCUAAGGAACGAUAAAUAAGGAACGAAGCCCAUUUUUCCAAGGAGCAACAGGGAGGCUCGCCGCCAAACAGGUAGCGGAACGCAUGCAAAGCAAAGGAACGACCGAGCCCCUUUUGAAAAGCAAGCGUUCCUUCUUCAAGCUGGAUCCUGUACAUACCCAGCGCGUAGCGCGCCUUUCCGGACAUGCUGCAACAAUCGAGGGCGAGGAGGAGGAGGAGGAGGAGGAGGAGGAGGAGGAGGAGGAGGAGCUGAGCGUGGCCGGCUGCGCAGGCGCGCGUGCGAGCGGGGGCCACGCUCAGGAGCGCAGCGCCCAGUGGGCCCCCGCCGCGGCGUCGCGGUGCGCCGACGGGGGGGGCGAGGCUGCUGCGACGACGGACUGCGGCUCGGCCCUCUCGAGCCCAAACUGGCCACGGCCGAGGGGGGGAGGAGCGAGGAGGGAGGAGCGAGGAAGAAACGAGGGAGGAGCGAGGAAGAAACGAGGAAGAGGAAGAAACGAGGGAGGAGCGAGGAAGAGACGAGGGAGGAGCGAGGAGGGGGAGAGCGUUCGGUGGCAACUCGCGGGAGCCUCCCACGCCAUCUUGUUGGCUCUCGCUAGUCGACGCUGCUGAUCGGCGC